AUGGCUGCUAUUAGAAUUGAGGAGCUACCGUCGCUGGUAACGGAAAAUUCCAAAAAUGAAUCAUCCUCAUCUGUGAUAGCGAACGAGGCCUCUCUCCCACCACGCCAUGCUGCAGACCAUCUGGUCGAAGUCUAUUUCCAGUAUCGUACGCCUCACCUCCCGAUUGUGGAUCGCUCGCAAGUGAAUGAAGCUGUUGAGAAUGCAUAUUUGGCUAGAAGCAAUACUCGGCCAUCGAGUCGCUCAGUUGAGAAGGACAAUUUUAUUGCAUACAUAGUUUUCGCGAUUGCCCUUUGUGAUAUGUCUAGUGCGUCCGGAGGUCGUCCAGCCCAGAGCGAGGGUUGCUUCCGUUCCGCCAUUGCUUGGAUCGAGAAGAUCAUCACAUACUCGGAAAGUGACAUUGAGACUUUGCGCUGCGUGCUUUUACUGGCACAAUUUGUGGCUCUCUGUCCUUCCUGGGGCAGCUUGUGGCAUCUUACCGGCAUUGCCCUGCGCUUAUGUAUCGACAUAGGUUUGCAUUGGGAAAGUGAAGAGAAUGCUAUCAAUAUGGAUCCAAAGCUGUUGCAUGAUCGACGCCGUUUAUGGUACUCUACCUACCAAUUUGAUCGUAACUUGUGUAUCACGCUUGGUCGCCCCUUUGGUAUCAUUGACGAAAGCACCCAAGUCCAGCUUCCAAAUCCAUGGGCAGUCAGUCGUCGCUCACUGACAAGUGACUCUUACGACUUUGACAUCCAUAGCCAACGAGCUCAUAAUCAUAUGUUCACCUUGUCCAAACUUGAGUCAGAGGUUCGACAUGUGCUCCACAGCCACCAAUGGCCUUUGAAGUUAGCAUAUCCAAGGGUGAACUACCCGGCUUGGCUUCAAGAUAUCCAGCCUCGUCUGGAAGAGUGGUAUAAUACUGUACCACAACCUAGCAAGGCUCAUCCUUCGUCUAUAUUUGCUUGCCAAGCCUACUGGGAUGGUAUAUAUAACAACACAAUUCUCCUUCUCUACCGGCCAAACUCGAUAGUUUUGCAUUCGUCGACGGAGAUCCUCAUUUCAUUCGAAGCUUCUUGCAAGCUUAUCACAAGCAUCAAGACCUUACAACGAGAAGGAAAGAUUGAUGUUAUGUGGAAAUGGGUCUAUCACCUCUUCAUGGCUGGCCUUGCAGUGAUAUAUGGCCUUUGGAACUCCAAAGAGAUACGAGAUCGUACCUCUAUCGGGAAAAGUAUUACGUCUCUUCAGUCAUGUACCUCAACACUCUCUGCUAUGUCAGAGACCUUCCCAGGGGCUUCAGGCUGCCGUGAUGCGUUUGAUAGUCUCUCAUCCGCAACAAUCGAUUGGCUUGUGUCCGCUGAGGAGAUACGGCAAGCACCAUUUGACUUUGAUAAGCAAGUACAGGAUUUGUUAUAUGAACUGCAGCCGUCCUCCCGUGGUGGUAUUGGUGCCGCAGCUGACAACAGUAUCACUGACAUGUCUGGCAUAAUGUCUACUGACAAUUCGGCUUUAUGCGAAAUGCUCAGCUCGGCCGCACAGUGGCCUGGCUUUCAAGACAUGGAUUUUAGUACCUCAGUACCGCUGUAA